UCCCCAGGACACUCCUGCUGACCUUUUGGGGCGUAUAUGUUUUGAUUUUUUUUUUUUCCCCCUUUCAUCAAAAGAGGCGUGAGGUGAGGGACGUGGUCACAAGUCAAUAAAAAGUCAGUCAAGCUUUGGAUGGUUGAGUAAAAAGUGGCGCAGGAGAGGCACACUCGCACAGGGGAGAAGGAGUGCCGCCCGGGCUGCAAGCUGAUACCUCGUUUGUCUCCUCCUGAGCAGCCUGGACGCUGCCUCCACCAGUCCAUGAUCCUGGAUACGGGCUCCUCCGUGCAAGUGCAAUGUAGGUGAACUUUCGCACCUUAAGUGAGCAACAUGACCCCUUGGAGCCGCGCCUUGCUCGGACUUACUUGGAGCUGUUUGACCUUCCUGUCCUGUGCGUGCUGCGCCUUCACCGACAACCAUGUGCACUCCAGUUUUAUCUACCGGAGGUUGCGCAAUCACGAGCGGCGGGAGAUCCAGAGGGAGAUCCUCUCCAUCCUGGGCUUGCCCCAUCGCCCGAGGCCCUUUUCUCCAGGGAAGCAGGCGUCCUCGGCGCCGCUCUUCAUGAUUGACCUUUACAACGCCAUGGCGGUGGAGGAAGAGGGGUUGACGCACGGCGCGGGGAAGAGCCACAUUGCCAAGGUUCAAGGGCACGCCAGGAAAGGUUACUACAGCCCGCAGCACGCCGGCUACUCCCGUGUGGCUCAGCCCUACCGAGCGGCCCCUCUGCUGGGUCAGAGCCCGGCGCUCUCCAUGACACAUGACAACAACUUCCUGAAUGACGCAGACAUGGUGAUGAGUUUUGUCAAUUUAGUGGAGAAAGAUAAAGAUUUUUCUCACCAACGAAGACACUACAAGGAAUUCCGUUUUGAUCUGACCCAGAUUCCUGACGGGGAGGCAGUGACCGCAGCAGAGUUUCGGAUCUAUAAGGACCGCAGCCAUGCCCGCUUUGACAACAUCACACUGAAGGUGACUAUUCAUCAGGUCAUCAAGGAGUUCCACAACAAAGAUGCAGAGACCUUCUUGCUGGACUCUAAAAGGGUUAAAGCGACUGAUGGAGGUUGGCUGGUGUUUGACUUAACAGCAACCAGUAACCACUGGGUGAUGAACCCGCAGCAGAACCUGGGCCUCCAGCUCUCUGUGGAGACUUUAGAUGGGCGCAGUAUCAACAUGAAAUCUGCCGGAAUUGUGGGACGCAAUGGGCCUCAGUCCCAGCAGCCUUUCCUGGUUGCUUUCUUCAAGGCCAGCGGGGUGUUGCUUCGCUCGGUCAGAGCCGCUGGUGGGAAAAGGAAGAACCACAACCGCAAUAAAUCCACGCACCAGCAGGAAUCGUCUCGGGCAGCGAAUAGUGGAGAUCAUAACACAAGUGAGCAAAAGCAAGCCUGCAAGAAGCAUGAGCUUUAUGUCAGCUUCCGUGAUCUGGGUUGGCAGGACUGGAUCAUAGCGCCUGAAGGCUACGCCGCUUUUUACUGUGACGGCGAAUGCUCAUUUCCACUCAACGCGCACAUGAACGCAACAAAUCACGCCAUUGUCCAAACCCUGGUCCAUUUAAUGUUUCCUGAAAACGUGCCAAAGCCGUGCUGCGCUCCCACCAAACUCAAUGCUAUUUCAGUGCUUUACUUCGACGACAGCUCCAACGUCAUCCUCAAGAAGUAUCGAAAUAUGGUGGUGAGGUCUUGUGGUUGCCAUUAGUUUAAUUUAUGUUCUUUGCAACGUUUGGGAAACACAUCAGGCUUGGGGAUAUGAUGUGCUUGUACAGUGUUAUGUAUAUAAAGUUUUAUUACCUAAUUUAUUCUCUGUUCACAAAUAGCACUGAAUACUGUGAUAUUUAAAUGAUUAGCAAUAAUGUCGAUUCCGCAUUGUGCUUAUCUAACAUAAUUAUGUCCGUUGGCAUAUAUUCCUUUCUAUAAAUCAUCACUUCACUGGAAUCAAGAGACACCCUUUUAAGGUCUUCUUAACUUUGCCAAGUCAUUUUCUAUUUAUUCUAUUGCAAAUCCGCUCUUUUGAAGCGAGGAUGUUUUUAGAAACACACCAAAAACGUUAAGCUCGCAACUUGAGGUGACUGUUGGAAGAAAAUGUGACUUUAAUCCUGCUCAUCUUUUAUCGCCGUUGCUAUUUUUUGUUUCUUUUACCUUUCCACAUGAAAUUGUCAAUAAUCUAUUGUUCACUUGCCUUUACCAAAGAUGUCAUCUUUUUUUUUACGUCAAAAAGGUGUCUUAUUCCUCUGUGACCCUACUUUAUGUGAUGUUUGGACAAAGUAUAUCCCAUGUAAAGUAUUGAGUAUUUUUAAUAAA